UUUGGCUAGACCCUGACGUCGUCUCUUCAACCAAAAUUUAUGUUGUACUUGAUCCUUCACAAACCGUUUUGAGAUUUCCCACGAUAAUAGAGACUUGGUUGGGCAUCUCAUUAUUGCACAAAAAUGCAGUACAUGAAUACUUCACGCUGACACCGCUCUCAUUCCGUCUAUUUAACAGUGAUGAGGAACGCAACAAGUCGGAACGCUCAAAAUGUCACAACCAUUCUCGUUCCCUCCGCCUCCGCCUCCACCACCAAAACGAAACACGCAGGGACCCGUACAACAGAACACUGGCAGUGGUUUUCACAAUAAUAGAGGCUCAUUCAGGGGUGGUCCUCCUUCCAGAGCAGGCUUCAGAGGCGGACGCGGAGGAUAUGCAGGAGGAGGGCAGCAUGCGCCGACGGGUUACCCUCGGUCUCAGUCGAAUACUUUCUCGAAUGGGCCCCGUCGAGGCUCUUUCGUCAAUGGUCCCCAGAAGAGAGACCAUGCCUCUGCUUUCCCUUCGAUGAACCAGGCUCGACCUCGCCCUGUUGCUCCUCCUGCAGUUCCAAGUUUCAAUGCCUCUAUUGAACAUCUCCUGCCUCCCAAACCGCCUGAACCGCAGCCCAAGAGCACCACAGUUCCCAAAGUGAGGAAGCACAACCUUCUCGGUCUCACACCUGCUUCACUAGACCAAGCCUCGGAGCCGGAGGACGAUGAAGGCGAGGAAGAGCGCCUCGUCGCUCAAGUGACGCCGAGCGGACAGGCUCAGGCCCUACAUUUUGAAUACAAAGGACGGGUGGCUACGCUCAGGACGCCGGAGGAAAUUGCAGCUUGGAUUGCCGAGAGGAAAAAGCGAUAUCCCACACUGGCUAAAGCUGAGGCCGCAAAGGAAGAAGCCUCGGAGAGGAAGCGUAAAUGGGAGGAGGAAAAGCAGGCCAGGCUGGAGGCGAAGAAAGCGGCUCAGGCAAAGAGGGAACAAGAACGGAACGAGCGAGAACGAGCGAAGAGACAACAAAAAGAAGUGAUAGAGCGUCAGAAACAAGACAACAAACAGAACGGACCACAAGUGGACACCGCUACCCUGGCCAAGGAGAGAGCAGAGAAACUGAGGAAGAAAGCCCUCCGAGCUGAACGCCAGUUGGCCAAAGCCGAAGAAGCUCUCCGCGUUGCUGAGGCGAAGGCGAAUGCAGAAACCACCACCCCACAUCUUCCUACAGGUCCAGACGGCUCGAAUGCACAACCCGCCUCUGAUGCGGACGACUUGACUUUGGCUGCAGAAAAUGAAUCUUUGGAUACCUCCUCUGACUCCGAGCUAACUGAUUCCGACGACUAUACAUCCUCCUCAGGGUCGUCAGGAACAGACACGGAAUCAGAAGCUGGGUCGCUCUCGGACGAAGCUUCUGACUCGGACUCGGCUCCAGAAGUCGUGAGCACCAAAGGAGGUGCUCUAGCUGUUGAUGGUCCCAUGCUACAGCCUUCGAAAAAAUCACUUGCCUCGACCCGUCCCUGUAGGAACCUUAUCAAGUUCGGUCGGUGUAAAUUCGGAUCGAACUGUCGCUUCUCUCAUGAGAAACAAAAUCACAACGCCGAAGCGGAGGAGGGUACACAGAAUGCAAGACUUAAAAAGGGUAAAAACAAGAAUUCAGCAAUUACAGCGCCCACUACCGACCGGAGAAAAGGUUUAUUCCAGGUCAUGGUAGAAAAAGAACAAGAGGAGGAAAGAAGAAGGCUGUUGGAAGCCAUCAUCACUCUCGGCGAGAAGGGUAUGUUGGACGACCCUGUUGCCGCAGGUACGGCGACCACGGACGUUGCGGAAUGAACCACAAAUUUUAUUAUCAUUAUCAUUAUCAUUGUUGUUAUUAUCAUUAUCACUACUGCUUCAAAUUAUUCAAUAAUACCAGUACCCCAGGCAGAAGGUCGGACUGCGAACAAACAACUUGGAAAACAAUCUCGUCCAUGAUCACUUACGAGUUGACUGCUUCAAGACCUCUCAAUGCGAGCAUCAUUCCUCAACAGAUCCAAUACAAACUGCCUCCCGACCCGUCCCUCCCUAAGACCCAACUUCUGAUAUCCCCCCGCUAGUGGGAAACAAUGCAUCUGGCCCUCCCAAACCAGCCACCGACCAUUAAUGCCCUGACUUUCACAGCGGCGGAGGAACUCUAGAGCGUCCGGCGCCAGCACAUCAUGUGUGCCUAUGACUCCGUGGACCGACACACCUCUUUCCUUGAGUGCACGAAAGGCCGAUUCUGGAUUCAGUAGUGGGGAAGUACUUGGAUCUUCGGAGGAGAAUGGCACACAUGGAGCAGGUUCAACAUCUCUGGACGAUGCUGAAGAUGAAGACUCGGACGAAUACGAUAUCUUCUUUGCUGUAUUCUCCCUGCUGCUGUCUGCCGCUGUCCACUCUCGAGCAAUCCGCUCCGUUAGACCCAUCGUAAGCACAGGAUCGACCUUGUCGCACUCUGAAAUCGCAGGAUUCGUAUUUCGCAUGUCAACGGGUGGCGAGAUACAUAGCACAGAGCGCAGGGGAAACGCAGUACCUUUGUCGACGGCACCGGAACUCUUCAAAUUCGUUUCGUCUUCCUUAUAAUGCUCAACCGCCCAAAACCCCAGACUCAACGCAAUGUUCCCACCACUACUAUCACCGGCCAAACUGACCGUAUCACCCGAGAGUCUAGCCUCGUCAAGCACACUGGUCAACCACGUUCGCAUCAUGGGCAACGAGUCUGCUGCCGGAGAAGACGGGGCGAGCGGGUAAGAGACGAGAGUAAUCCCAAUCUCGAUCUCAGAAUGCUCACCGCACUCUUUCGCCAGUUGCGCCAGGAAUAACCAGUGUUCCCCCGAUGGAGGCGCUUGAAACCCUCCGCCGGCGAAGUAAUAGACUUGGUGACGACGAUACGAUUUUUCCAAUGGGCAGCGAUGAUCCCUCUUUUCAUCUUGGUUUUCGUUCCAGAUCGUCUUGGAUUGAGAUUGAGGUCGAGAUCGAGAUUGAGAUUCAUCAAAGUCAGGACAAAACGUAUAUUCCCAGACCCCCUCGCGCCGCGACUCGACGACAUUACAUCCCCAUUUCCGUUUCAUGCCGUGAUCGUUCUCCUCAAACAAGCGGAUCGAUCCGGGCGGGAACGGUGUUUUGGGUGGUGAAACUAGGCGUGGACGAAGGGGCCGGAUGGCCAAACGGAGAAGGCGGUAGAGAAGGGACAGGUCGGUGCGAGUUGUUAUUUGGAUUGAUGAUGAUGACGAUUUUGCUGCCGUUGUGGUGGUCGUCGAAGCAGAGGGUGUCGUUGUUGCUGGUGCGGUUGAGGUCGCUACCGUUGAUUUGGUCACCACUACUGGCUUUUGUUCUGUUGGUUGGGUCCCAGUAGUGACAGUUUGAGAUCGAAAGUGCUGAAGCUGAGACUGAGACGGGACCAGACAAUGAGUCCGAUUCUGAUAAUCGAAUUGGUAUUGUCGUUGAGUUUGACUGUCCGCUGCCCUUUGGCGGCGCCAGUCACGGUCCGAUUGGACCAUGAGAUCGGACAUGGAUUUCAUCUUGGGAUUGGACUUCUGUUUGCCGUUCAUGAUUUGAAGAAAAAAAUGCAAAGCGGGAGUGGAGGGUGAGAGCUCAACACUGGAUAGCAGGAACUGGAAUAGGAGUAGUUGUCGAAUGGCUUUCAGCACCUGCUGUUUGAUGGUUUUAUUUCUUGUCUUUCACAGCCAAGUGAAGGCGAUGCAAUGCAACCCACAAACGUGUUGACAACCUGCAGUGCUUAGACUCCGCUUCAGCCUUCAAUUUGUUGCAAUGGUAUAAUGGCUUGACUCUGUUCAAAAUUGAAGCAGAUCCGAUCGAGUAAGUAUUUCGAGCUUUGCGCUUUAUGUC